AUGGGGAAACUUAUUCGGCUCGAGCUUUUCAAUUUCAAGUCUUACAAGGGCCAUCAUACCCUCUUAUUUGGAGAUGCCUACUUUACGUCCAUUAUUGGACCCAACGGGUCUGGAAAAUCCAACUCGAUGGAUGCCAUCUCGUUCGUUCUAGGAAUUAAGUCAUCUCACCUGCGAUCUACCAACCUCCGCGACCUUGUCUACCGUGGUCGCGUCCUACGCACGUCGAAAGUUGAUGGAGAACCCGCCACAAACGGAGAUGAUGCCGAGCCGGAGGAGGAUGCGGAUGCGAUGGACGAGUCGCAGGAUACAGGCAGCGCGAAUGAUCCCAAGACUGCCUGGGUCAUGGCCGUCUACGAGGAUGAUGCUGGCGAGGAGCAGCAAUGGCGCCGAUCGAUCACCAGCCAAGGUGUCAGCGAGUACCGUAUCAACAACCGAAUCGUGACCGCUCAACAAUACAACGAGGCUCUGGAGGAGGAGAAUAUUUUGAUCCGCGCUCGCAACUUCCUGGUGUUCCAGGGUGAUGUCGAGGCAAUCGCUUCGCAGUCCCCGAGAGACCUCACCCGUCUGAUUGAGCAGAUCUCCGGCAGUCUCGAGUACAAGGCUGAAUACGAGAAGCUGAAAGCAGAGGCGGAAGAGGCUGCGGAACAGCAGACUGUUCAGCUCAACCGCCGACGAGGCAUCAACUCCGAGGUCAAGCAGUAUCAGGAACAGAAGAGGGAGGCAGAGACCUACGCGAAGAAGGCCGAAGAGCGCGACCAGGCCAUCAUCACUCACAUCCUGUGGAAGCUGUUCCACUUCCAGCGUCUCAUUGAUGCUUCCAGCGCCGACAUCCAGAAAUACCAGGAUGAGCUGAAGGAAUACCGCCGCGGCGUGGAAAAGUACGAACACAACGUCGAGGAGGCCAAGAAGGACCAUGCUCGCGUUGGCAGAGAUGUCGGAAAGGCCGAGAGGAACAUCGUCAAGAAGGAGAAAGAUAUCGAAGACCUUAACAACUCCCUGGUACCGAUUGACGAGAAGGUCGACAUUACACAGAAGAAAGUAGAGCGUUAUUCCUCGAAAAUCACGGAGAUUGGCAAAGAACGGACAGCACAGUCGAACAACGGCAAACAGCUCGAGAAGGACCUCAAGCUCGUUGAAAAGGCCCAAGCCCAAUGGGAAGCUGAAUGGCAGAGGACCAUGAGCAAACAGGGAGUCCAGAUGAGCGAAGCCGACCAGCAGGAAUAUAACAAGUUGCGGGAAGAGGUUAGCAAGCGCUCAUCCGCUGACCAGCUCAAUCUCGACAACCUUCGCCGGCAACGGAAGACGGAAGCAGAGGCAGUGAACAGCCUGAAGGGCAAGUUCGAAAGUACCGAAUGGCAGCUGAAGAAUCUCGAAUCCGAGGCGUUCAAUAUGAAUGAACGCAAGUCGACUCUCACAGAUACCGUCAAGACCACCUCCAAGGAAAUCGAGCGGAAGAAGAAAGAUUUGAACGCCUUGACAUCGGAACGCCUGAAGAUUUCUCAGAUGCGGACUGAGCUUGAAGAGAAGCUUCAGGUUGUUUUGAAGAAAUUGCUUGAAGCCGAUGAUGGCAAGAAGCAGAAUGAGCGGGAGAUUCGGGCCAAGGAGCUGGUCUCGACUCUGAAGCGCAUCUUCCCUGGUGUCAAAGGGCGAGUCAGUGACCUCUGCCGGCCCAAGCAGAGGAAAUACGCCGAUGCAGUCAGCACUGUUCUAGGCCGUCACUUUGACGCCAUUGUCGUGGACAAUGAAAAGACUGCCAAGGAAUGCAUUCAGCAUCUGCGUGAUCAGCGUGCCGGCCAAGCCACUUUCAUUCCCUUGGAGACGAUCCAAGUCAAGGCUUUCAACUCGAACCUGAAGGGUAUGCACCGGGGCAUGCGUCCUGCUAUUGAGACCAUCGACUACGAUGAUUCUGUUGCACGAGCUAUCAGCUAUGCUUGCGGCAACUCUAUCGUCUGUGAUGACCUCGCAACUGCGAAAUACCUGUGCUACGAGCGGAAUGUCGAUGCCAAGGCAGUGACUCUGGAUGGCACUGUGAUUCACAAAGGCGGUCUUAUGACCGGUGGACGAGGCCCACAGCAGAAUUCUUCCAAGCGCUGGGAGGACUCUGAAGUUGAGAAUCUCUACAAGCUCAAAGACAAAUUGAUGGCAGACCUUGCAAACCUCCCCAAGAGCCAUCGACGGGGCUCUGAGGAGGAGACUCUUCAAGGAGAGCUGGUUGGCCUCGAGCAGCGGCUGAGCUAUGCCAAAGAGGAGCUGAAGGCUUUGGAGAGGAAUAUUCAGAGCAAGCGCAGCGAGCUAGACUUUGUGAAACGCCAGCACGAAGACCUACGACCGAAGUACACCGAGCGCAAGGAGAAUCUGGACGAGUUGGACGAGACUAUCGAAAACACGCAAGCCUCCGUCAGCACGGUCGAAGAUGAAAUCUAUCGCAAGUUCUGCAAGCGUUUGGGAUUCGAGAAUAUCCGCGAAUACGAAGCCCAACAGGGUUCCUUGCAAGAAGAGGCCUCCCAAAAGAAGCUCGAGUUCACAACACAAAAGAGCCGUAUUGAAAACCAGCUGAGCUUCGAAAAGCAGCGAAUCCAAGCCACGGAUGACCGAAUCAGUGGCCUCAAGGCUCAGUAUGAGCGUGACAUGAGUUUGAUCGAAGAGCUCAAGGGCGAGCAAGAAGAGAUUCGCAACAACCUGGACGAGUCAAAUGCUGAGCUUGAACUGCUGCGCGAGAAUCUCGAGAAGCAGAAGGAGAUCUAUGCAGAGUCUGCGGAAAACCUGGCUGAGCAACGUAGGGAGCUUCAGAAGCGCAGCAAGCACGUUGAGGGAGCCCUCAAGAACAUCAAUGCCCUCGAAGCUGAAAUCCAGCGGAACUCGUCUAGUCGCUACGCUCUCUUGCGACGAUGCAAGCUUGAGGAUAUUGACAUCCCGCUUACCGACUCGUCCAAUAGCCUUGACAAGCUCCCCAUCGAUGAUUUGGUGCAGGCCGCCGACCCAGAUGCUAUGGACGUAGACGAGGCCGAUGACAUGGAUGAGACUCCUGUCGUGCAAGACUACGGAAUUGAAGUCGAUUUCGAUUCUCUCGGUGAAUCACUCAAAGAGGGUACCGAUGAAAAGCUUGAGGAGGAGCUGCUUGAGAAGGUUCGCACUCUCAAUAGUGAACUUGACAAGAUGGCCCCCAAUACGAGAGCCAUGGAACGCCUGGAGAGUGUCGAGAACAAACUUCGUAGCACCGAGAAAGACUUUGAGGAUGCUCGUAAGUAUGCUCGAAAGGCAAAGGAUGAUUUCGAGGCAAUAAUGAAGAGGCGUUCCGAUCUCUUCAACAAGGCCUUUACGCACAUCUCCGAGCAGAUUGGCCCCAUUUACCGCGAGCUGACCCGAAGCACCAACUACCCCCUCGGUGGACAAGCAUACUUGGAUAUCGAGGAUUCCGACGAGCCGUACCUCGAUGGUAUCAAGUAUCACGCCAUGCCUCCCCUCAAGCGUUUCCGAGACAUGGAGCACUUGUCGGGUGGAGAGAAGACCAUGGCAGCUCUUGCUCUUCUGUUUGCCAUCCACUCUUACCAACCUUCACCAUUCUUCGUGCUGGACGAGGUUGACGCCGCUCUCGACAACACCAAUGUCGCUCGCAUUGCCAACUACAUCCAAGAUCACGCCGCCCCUGGCAUGCAGUUCAUUGUCAUCAGUUUGAAGACUGGACUGUUCCAAAACAGUGAAGCUCUCGUUGGUAUUUACCGAGACCAGGUGGAGAAUAGCAGCAAGUCUUUGACCCUUGAUCUCCGCAAAUAUACUUAA